AUGAUGGCUCAAGGUGUAAUGGACGGUCCGGUUACACUUGUCAUCAGGGCGCCGAACCAGAAAUAUGAUGACCAGACAAUAAACUGCUGCCAGAAUUGGACUGUGGAGAAACUCAAAGCUCAUUUGUCAGACGUGUACCCAAGCAAACCGAGCUCCAAAGAUCAGAGACUGGUGUAUUCCGGCAAGCUCCUUUUGGACCACUUUACAUUAAAAGAUGUGCUCAGAAAGCAAGAUGAGUAUCAUAUGCUCCAUCUGGUCUGCCCCUCGCCGACGCCACCUAGCUCUCCGAGCCCCGCCCGCAAGCCUCAAGAGAGCGCAGCUGAACCCACGGUCUCUGAAACUACAAGUCCUUCCUUCGCUGGCCAACACAGCCAAUCAGAGGAGAGCCACGAUGGACUCAGACAACGAGGUGUACCUUUCCCUUAUGACCAACUGCAUCAACAAUAUAUGCAAAGCUGGAGCCAUUUUUCUGCCAUGUCGACCCCUCCCACAAAUGUGACCCCCUAUUACAACCCUAUGACCCUCAUGUGGUGGCAGCAGCUGUACGCUCGACAAUACUACAUGCGAUACAGUUUACUAGCAGCUUCCUCCCAAAACGUCACGCACGACCUGCCCAGGACUCCCCCACUACCCCACACAGACCCCUUGAGCCAGCACCCUCGGGUGGAUCGCCGCGGCAACCCCGAAGUGGAAAUGAACGCUCAAGGAGGGGAGAUCCUGAACGAGGAAGACCUCAACCGGGAUUGGCUGGACUGGGUGUACACGUUUUCUCGGGCCGCCGUCUUACUUAGCAUUGUGUACUUCUACUCAUCCUUCAGUCGCUUUCUUAUGGUGAUGACGGCCAUGCUGGUGCUUUACCUGCAUCAGGCUGGCUGGUUUCCUUUUAACCUAGAAAACGAAUUGCAGCUUCCUGGAGACAACCCAGAGGAGAUGGAGGCAGAGCUGCGGAACAAUGACCUCCAUGGAAUGGAACAAGUGGACGACAGCUCCGAUGACGACGAAGAAGGGGAAAGCGGCGAGGAAGGAGCAGAAGAUCCGAACCACGUCAUCCCCCAAACAGGCAUCCUGUCCUCCAUGUGGUCGUUCAUCAUCACUUUUUUUAUGUCGCUCAUUCCCGAGGGACCGCAGAACGCUGCCAACUGA